UUUUGGAUUCAGGCUCGGAAACAUCUGUUUUCCAAAUGUUACACCCGAUAUAAAAUAGUGGACACAGACUGUCUCAGACAGUGGGUCCAGGCAUCAGAAAUGCAUCUCAAGUGUGCCUACUUGCUUACGGGCCUAAUCUUUGCGGUUUAUGGUCAAAAUUAUCCCCCGCAUGAUGUAUAUUGGAUCAAUCAAUAUCGACAAGGUUUCAACUUCCAGUGUCCCAACGGUGAAGCAUUGGUAGUAAUACAGAGUUACUUUGAUCAAAACGAAGGUCCUGAUAGAGUUUGGAGUUUCGAAUGCAUGCCCACGCCCGAGGAUUUAGGGCAGGUGACAGAAUGCUGGUGGGAUGAUAUAAUGCACCCGGGUUUGGAAUGGUACCACACUUGUACAAACAAUGGUAUUGUAGCUGGAAUACAAAGCCGAUACUUUGAGAGCGUUCAGGAUCGGGACUGGCAGUUCCUCUGCUGCAAAUACAACAGAAGAUGCCCGUAUCAAUGCCGGCAAACAACUGACGUCCCUGAGCAAUAUGAAGAAGAAGGACAUUUUGUGAUGCCACAAUACGGCUAUUUCAUCAGGGGAGCUGGAACUACUUUUUCAGCUGUGUCAAGGGAUCGUCAAUGGAAAUACAUAAUCUGUCUGAUGACCACCUUUGACUGUCCUUUUGACAACCUGUAGAAGUUGCAAGCUGAGUCCUGAUAUUGUCCAGGGAACAAGAUAUGUUUAGCUGAAUUGCCUCUAUUAAUAACAAAUCUCUUCUGCUCUCUAAACAAUUUCUUUAAAAGAAAGCAAUACACGCAACGUUGUAAACAGUAGCUUCUAGUAGAAACAUGGUUAACGUAAGAUUAUCCUUUAAUCAGAGAAAGCAGGAGACAUUUCCUGGAACAAUUCAUUGCCUGGACGUAAUGAAUUAUUGGAGAACCAUUUGCAUCAGAAUAGACACGUGUAAAGGAUCCUCUCAAUCUUCCUCAAUUACUUUAAAUAGAAGAAAAUUGGGCCUGUUGCAAUUUCCUUAGAACACCAAUGCGCUCCAACUCACCAAAUUUUCUGAUAUUCAUUGUACUCAGGCAAUUGAAUGAAUUUGGGUUUCCACUCUCCUCCCACACAGACACUUACUGAUUUUAAGAGCCUUUGUUUUCAGGGCAUGGUUUAAUGGAUGUUCAGUUCAAACCCAAAAUAUGUAGUGCUUUUAGCUAGUGUUGAUGAUCUAUUAGUCCACUUUUCAUUGAUGUUAUCAACCUGAUUGCAACCAAUGUUACAUGCAAAUCAAAGCUUUUAUAUCUCCUGAGAAAAUAAUUUGGACGCUUUCACAUUCUCUCCCCCUCUUAAAGAUAAAUCCAGCCAGACUCGAACACGCAGCUAAAAUAUUUAUACUUAACUAGAUAGCUCGCUGGAGUUGUCUGAAGGGCGCAUAGCAUACGUUGUACAGAAGUACCCUCAGUGAAUACAGGACUGACUGUGACUGCUUUCUUAAGACAAACUGUUCACAUGUUGGUGUUGGAAGCCAGACUUGUAUACUGUAACUUAUGUAUACAAUAAUGCAACACCCACACUGCCAAAGAAGGUAAAAAUCCAAUCUGGAUGUUAGCAAUAAACAUAUUAAUACGUUUGCGAGUAAUUCUUUUCACAGGGUGGAAUUCUGCCCUCAUUGUCGUCACUUACGGUUAGAUGGAUGCUCCAGCUAGUUAGUAUUCGCAGGUAACACACAAAUACAUUUUCAAAUGAAGGAUUUAGGUGAUUAAUUCAAAACUUGCAAUGUUAAAGCUCAACUACCUGAAAUCCCAAUUGAUUUCAAGAUAGGAUCUCAAAAGAUCUCAGCGUUCAGAUGGCUUCCCCCCAAUUUUUCAAAGAGAACCUUCCGGCAGUAGAUGGAACCAGGGAUAGAUCUUCUACCUGAAAUCAAUGGACUGUGCCCAUGAGAAUUCUCACUGGUAUAGCCUGUGCUCUGGCGAGUUUUGUUGAAGCAAUCUAAAAGAAAUAAUAUCUUUACCAAGCAAAGUUAAUCAGUUCCACUGAGAAUCAAUGAUCUUUUGGAAAGCCUUUUGAUCUCAGUCCUGUAUGUUAGUCUCAGGCAUUAGAAGAUUUAUGUCACUCUGGUGCCUCCUGAUUGAUUUGGUUAGAUGCUAUUGAUAUAUCGCUUACAGGCUUUAGUGGUGAACAGUCACUACUUAGAUGACCUAUCCUUGCAUUUUGGAGUGGGAUCUAGGGCAUGGGCAUAGGCAUCCAGACACUAGGCAUGGCCCCAACUGGCUAAUCAUGUGGACUUCAGCUGGUGGAGCAGGUCAAUAGGAACCGCACCCUCAAAAGAUCUCAUAUUCUACAAUGCAUUUUCCGCACUAUAUGCCCACUGCUGGCAGACAACAAAAAAACAUGGUACUUAUUCAUGUUAUAUUCUCCGUUAAGUAAAUGUCUAUGUGAACAAGAAGGUUCUAAAUGUUCGAGCCUAUAUUUUUAGCUGCUGUUAAUAUAUACGCUAUAUAGUUCUUUACCAUUUGCUUGUUUCUGCUUAAUUAAACAAAAUUAACUGGUA